UGGCGAGGGUUCGUAGCGCGCUGUGCGUACAUUCAAACACCCGGUAAUACCGCGUCAGAUUUAACACCAUUUGAAUUAAAUCAUACGAAAUUCGAAAUUAAAAUGGUACGGUGCAUCAUAAGCUAGUCGUUUAUAUUGUAUUUCGUGUGUGCAAGUGUUGUUGUUUGCAUGAGUGUUACUGAUGAUGCGGGAGUGCGGGACGAUGGACGUGAUUCGCCGGCCAGCACUGAAAAGCUAACGAAAUGCGCAGAGACGGCGUCGAUAGGAGUGGACUGCGCUGCUGUGGGUAGCCAUCUACGCGGCGCCAUGGGCACCCGUCCCGCCGCCAGGUUCUGGCCGCAGCUCUGGGCGACCGUCGUCAGGAACUUGCUACUCAAGAAACGAGACACUAGAAAGACUUUGGCUGAAGUUCUGGUUCCUCUAUACUCGUUGGGAGUGCUGAUCUUCUUGAAGAUGCUCGUGCCAAAUCCCAACUUCCCGGAGGUUCGAAAACCAGGUCCCUUGCUGCGCAUCCAUCACGACUUCUUCCCGGAGAACCACUCCAUUGCCGUCGUCGCCGAUUGGCUGAACUCCAACGGAACUAUGGGCUUCUUAGGAGACAUCAACGAGAUGCUCGUAGAAUCCGAACAGCAUCCAAUCCACUGGAUCUUGUACAACAACACCGAAGAUCUGAACGACGCAUAUCACAGUAACACGAAGAACUUUCCCAUCGCCGUCAUAUUCCAUACGGACCCCAGCUCUUUCACUGAGCCCCUUAGAUAUACAAUAAGAACCAAUCCGUCUCGUGUCGGGACGCCUUCGACGAGAACGCUGACCACCUCGCCAGCGAAAUGCCGCGAAAGAACCGGAGUCAAAGACUGGUCCUCCGACUGGUCCAGAGGCGGUCAGCUGAUCCCCUUAUCAGAGAUGCACAGGGAAGAUACUUGCCCCGUGUUGCAGUAUUAUUAUUCCGGGUUCUUGGCUCUACAGACGCUCAUUGACUACACCAAAAUCAAGGCAGACACAAACUUCACCUCUUCAGUUCCUCCGAUGCACAUCGAUCUCAGACAGUUUCCGAAACGCCAGCACACGGGAGAUUGGCUAGUGAUCUUCCGCGUGAUAAUGCCCAUGUACAUGGUCAUGACGCUGUCGCAAUUCAUCACCUAUCUGCUCAUGUUCGUCGUGGGAGAGAAGGAGAAGAAAAUAAGAGAGGGAAUGAGGAUAAUGGGACUCAAAGAUUCUGUCUAUUGGGGCUCCUGGUUUCUGAUAUACGCAGUUUUCGUCACUAUUCUCUCCAUCGUCAGCACGGUUCUGCUGUUUACCCUAAAGGUAUUCCAACAUUCAUCAUACAUCCUGAUAUUCCUACUGAUGGUGCUAUUCGGUUUCACUAUCAUCACGUUCGCAUUUAUGCUCACUCCGUUCUUCGAUAAGGCCAGGACGGCGGGUAUCCUGGGCAGUUUUGCGGUGAACCUGAUGAGCGGCCUCUACUUCAUUCAGGUGUUUGUCUCCAACGCGGACUCUCUCGCCUUCUGGUUCGUCUCACUCAUCAGCUCCAGCUGCUACGCUCUAGCUAUGGAUAAGGCCUUAGUUUUGGACAUGGCAGGCGUGGGUGUGACCUGGGAUAACCUGUGGAGUGGCCCGGGAGUUCCCUUCGGGGGGAGUCUCAUCAUGAUGGCUGUGGACACUGUGCUGUAUGCUCUGGCCGCUUACUGGCUCGAUGCCGUCAUACCUAGUGAGUACGGUAUCAAGCAGAAGCCCUGGUUCUGUCUGAUGCCGUCGUUCUGGCUGGGUAGCCGCAGAAGCAGGGUCUCGGCCGUACACUUCCAUUCCAAUGGAGACGCGGCUCAUAAUAAGGAUAUUGAACCUGUACCCAGAGAGCUUCAAGACAAAGAAGCUAUCAGGAUCGUGGGUCUACAGAAGAGUUUCCGUCACUGCCGUCGACCCGAGAUCAAGGCUAUCGACGGAAUAGACCUGAGCAUCUACGAAGGUCAGAUCACGGCCGUCCUCGGACACAACGGGGCGGGGAAGUCCACUCUGUUCAAUAUCCUGACCGGGCUCACGGCGCCCACCGCUGGGACCGCCUACGUGUAUGGACUUGAUGUUAGGGAUCCAAACGACAUGUACGAGAUCCGUCAGAUGAUAGGCGUGUGUCCGCAGCAGGACGUACUCUUCGAUUUGCUGUCCGUCAAGGAGCACCUCCAGUUCUUCGCGGCCGUCAAGGGUAUCCCACGAGAGAGAGUUCAGGAGGAGAUUCAGAAGGCCCUCGCUGAAGUUGGACUGUUGGAGCAGGCUGGUGUGUUCGCCAAACAUCUCUCCGGAGGGCAGAAGAGAAAGCUUAGCAUAUCGAUAGCUUUCAUAGGAGAUCCGAAGAUCAUAAUCCUGGACGAGCCGACGGCGGGCGUGGACCCGGUGUCGCGGCGGCAGACCUGGCGCGUCCUGCAGCGCGCGCGCCGCGGCCGCGUGUUGCUGCUGACCACGCACUUCAUGGACGAGGCCGACAUCCUCGGAGACAGGAAGGCCGUCAUCAGCAAGGGGAAGGUCCGUUGCGCCGGCACUUCGCUGUUUUUAAAGAACAAAUUCGGUAUUGGAUAUCAUCUAACUCUAGUGCUGGACGGCGCAUGCCGCGAGCACCAGAUCACGCGGCUGGUGCGGGGCCACGUGCCGCGCGCGGAGAAAGCUCGGCGCCACGGCCGCGAGCUGUCCUACAUCCUGCCGCACUACGCCGUGCAUCUCUUCCCGCCGCUGUUCCUCGCCAUCGAGCACGAGAUCAAGGACAAGACCAACCGGCUCGGUAUCACUAGCUACGGUGUCUCAAUGACCACUCUAGAAGAAGUUUUCUUGAGUCUGGAGGGGGAGAACGCCGAAGAGACGGAAGCAGUGGAAGGGGUGUCCUCCGUGAAGCUGGUGCGGGCGCGGGCUUUGUCCAGGAGUCUGUCGCUACAGAGCAAAACCUUGAGUUAUCAGGAGCUGAACGACAAGGAUCCCCAGAAGACCCCGACCCCGCUCCCCCCGCCGCCGGCCUCGCACGCGCUGCACUCCACCACGCACGGCGUCGAGCACAUCAAGGUAACUCCCGAAGUUCCCAUCUCGGUGGACGCUCUCAGCGAGCUCGUGAAGACUCGGCCCUCGUGCUGGAGAACUUUCUGCGCUCUGGUCUACAUAAGGACCGUGCGGAUGAUCAGGGAUCCCUACAAGCUGUACGUCAUGAUCUUCUUGCCUAUAAUAUCCUGUGCCCUCGGUCUUUACAUGAAGUCACGACAAAUAGUCUUCUUCCGAAUGCAGCCACUGACUUUGGGCCCAGAUGCCUAUUUCAACAAGACCCCCAUAGCGCUGCAUAGCGAACAGAAUACUUUGAGAGAAGACUUCAAAGAAUCGCUAGAGAUCCUCGGAGCUCACCCUAUAGUGGACUUCGAUGGAAACUUCUCAAGUCUACUAGACAUGGAGAACUUUGGGGCGUUUAGUCUGAAGGAGAGCUUAAAUCCAUAUGGGAAGGUCAUGGCGUAUUAUAACACAACUUACACGCACAGUUUGCCGAUAAUCAUCAAUUUGCUGGACAACAGUCUCUAUAGGGCCCUAAUGUCAGCAUCGGGGCUGGAGCACCACUUCAAACCAAUAGAAGUGAUGGCCCAUCCGUUCCAGCAGACAGAGCAGCAGGAAGAGUUCAAUUUGGGCAACGUCAUCUGCGCUGUGUUCGUCGGCAUGAUCUUCGCGCUGGUACCAGUGACCCUGGCUGUCGACAUCGUCUACGACCGGGAGAUCAAAGCAAAGAAUCAACUUCGCGUCAACGGCCUCUCGAUGAGCAUGUACUUCCUCACUUACUUCACGAUACUCAUCAUCAUCAUGAUCAUCACUAGCGUCGGCGUCCUGAUUCUGGUGAUCCUGAACGACAUCCCGAGCCUGACUAACGGCUCGGCCAUCACGAUGCUGUGCGGUCUACUGCUGCUGUACAGUCCCUCCGCCAUACUGUUCAAUACGUGCCUCUCGUACAUAUUCGACAAGAUGGACUCCGCCCAGAGCAUCAUGCCGAACAUCACGACCUGGGUCGGAGUCAUCCCGUUCAUCUUGGUCGCUGUUCUCGACACCUUUAAAUGGGGCAGCGACAUCGCGUUCUACCUUCACCUGGUGUUCAGCUUCCUGGACGUCAUGUACAUACCGUACGCCAUCAUGUACUAUGUCGACAGGGUAUAUGUGACGUGCAACCUCCGGGGGGUGUGCACUACCCCCACCCUGGGCAGCUACUUCACGGCGGAGGUGUGGGUGCUGAUCGCCGCCAUGCUGCUACACGUGCCGCUCUGCGGGGCCGCACUCCUCGCCGCCGACAAGCUCAAGACUGGGGGAAUCGCGGCCUUUAGAAGUCGCAAGCGCUCCGAGACGAGAGCGGGGAGCGUGAGCGGCGCGGGGGUAGGGGCGGCGGGCGCGGGGGGCGAGGAGGCGGCGUACGGCACGGAGGGGGGCGAGGACGGUGACGUCAAGCGAGAGAGACGACGGGUCGCCAACAUACUCGCCAGCAACCAGAACAACAUGCCACCCUUACUUGUUCAUAACCUUCGGAAAGAGUACAAAGUGCGCGGUACGGAGGACGGUGGGGGCUGCUUUGGUGACAGCAAGAGUCCCACGCGGCGGUCUCGGAGGACCGGCCUGGCGAGGCUGAGCUUGGCCGUGGAGGGAGGGGAGGUGUUCGGGCUCUUGGGCCAUAACGGAGCCGGGAAAACCACUACAAUGAAGAUUAUUACUGCCGAAGAGAGACCUACUUGUGGAACGGUAAUGCUUGGUAGUCAAGACAUAAGGGAUUCCCAAGCGUCAGCGUUCCGCAUGCUGGGCUACUGUCCGCAGCACGACGCGCUGUGGAAGAACGUCACCAUCCGGGAGCACAUCGAGUGCUACGCCGCCAUCCGGGGGGUCAGCAACCAGGACAUACCCCGGAUCGUGGACGCAUACCUAAACGGUCUUCAAAUAGCAGAGCACGCCGGUAAGAACGCGGAGGAAUGCUCCGGGGGAACUCGUCGUAAGCUGUCCUUUGCUUUGGCCAUGGUGGGUGCACCACGCGUGGUGCUGCUAGACGAGCCCUCCACCGGGAUGGACCCGAGGAGCAAGAGAUUCCUAUGGGACACCAUUCUUGCCAGCUUCCAGGGUAAGAAAGGUGCCAUACUAACGACACAUUCCAUGGAAGAGGCUGAUGCAUUAUGUUCCAGAGUUGGGAUCAUGGUUAAGGGGAGUUUGAGGUGUAUCGGUUCAACGCAACACUUGAAGAAUCUAUACGGAGCCGGGUACACGCUGGAGAUGAAGAUAGGGCAGACCAAUCAGAAAUCAACGAUGAUGGAGGGGGACAUGUCGAUGUCGCCUUCGCCGCUGAGGUCUGCGGAGAAUUCACCUUCGCUCGGAGAAGCUGAUGAAGGGGGGUCGGUGUCCGUGUCUGGGAGCGUGGAGCUCGACGGGGAGGUGGAGGUGGUGGACGCGUCCAUACACACGCCACUGGUGGCCGGCACCCCGCCCCUCGUCAGGCACCGACACCACAGGUCUGAGUCUGGCGGCGGGGCGAGCGCGGAGGCCGCCAUCGCGCUAGUGGGCGAGCUGUUCCCGGCGGCCGUGCUGGAGGAGAGCUUCGCGGAGCGGCUCGUGUUCUCCGUGCCGCAGUCCGCGGUCUCCAGCCUCGCGCGCUGCUUCCAGCAGAUCGAGGACGCUAAAGAGAAACUGAACAUAGUCGAGUACAGCUUCAGUCAGACAACCCUCGAGCAGGUGUUCCUCAAGUUUGCGCAAUCGGAGAACGUGGAAACCCUAGACCAAGAUCACUAGCGCGUGCUGACACUGGUCCAACAUUAACUGCACAUUUCACUUGGAUCCAAAGUUUUGUUGGCUAUUGGUUCACUUAUUAUAUUUGCCAAACGUUUGUUAGAAAUGGUUUUGUUAAAGUUUCAAUAACAAAUUUAUAGGCGUUAAAAAAAACAUUUGAUAAAUUACUUUAAAUAAAACUACCGAAUCAAAUCAAGGGAAUUAUCUGAUUGAAACUUUCUUUCACGUAAUCACAAAGAGAUGUCGCUACAUUUUAUGUCACAGUAUAAACAAAUGACAGAUGUUUGACUACGUUUUUUUUUAACGGUGAAAUAUAUAAUAAUUUGGUCCAAGUAAAAAGUGCAGUAUACGAAUACGCGCUCUAUGAAUAAGUGAAGAAACGUUGUAAGAUAAACGAAAAAAAAAUUAUAAUUAAAAAAAAAACGCUUUUUACACAACCUUGACUAGUUACAUUACUAGAUUUUUUUAAAAGCUUUUUUAAUUCCCACAUGCGAAAGUAAACGCCGAGAAACAUAAUGACAAUAAUGAUUUAAAAUAUUCGUUACCAUUUUGAGUUAUUCAAAUAGGAAUUCUUAGUGUGGUCUGGAAGUCGUGGGCCUCCACUCUGGCCUUUGUUCGGAAGCACAGAUGCAGCAAAGCUUGUAGCAAGAAAAGCUACAUUCCGUAUUGAGAAGUAAGUGUCAGUCGUUUGGAGGUAAGGCAGUUCAUGACGCGCUGCUCUAAAGCGCUAUUUAGAUACUCCUCAAAGGAGUAAGAUCUACCUUGUAUCUCAAAUGAAUCUCAGCAUCAUCAUCUCGCAGUUAAAGCCGUAUGAUGCAUAAAAUAAUGCAUAUAUUGAGAAGUAAUGUUGAAGAGGACAGUGAUUAGCACUAUUCCCGUACUACAAGUGUUUGGUAACUAAUCAAUUUGUAGCACUGCUCUCUCAGUGAGAUUAAAAAAUAAAUUAAUAAAUUGAUUGCCUUUAUUUUCGCAUGUGGACGUCUACCAUAGAUUACCGGUGUAAGUUAGGAUGUGAUUGUGUUUCUAAGAACGAAACCCGUAAAUGUUGUUUGACUUUGACUAGAUCCGUCCUGCUCUCACGCUGUAUUACUGCGAAGCGUGCGAGCAGGACGGAAAAUAAUGCGAUGCUACUUAUUUUGAUCGUUUUUGGAGAGAAUUGUAGAGAUAGAGUAGAUUUUCUAAAAGCUUUUUAGAACACAUUUUUUAAAACUUCCAUAAUUUUUGUACGAACUAGACUAAAGUAAUGAGUUUAAAGGCUAUAAAUAUACAACGAUGAUAUAAUAAUGAGCUCACACUUGAAAGCCUAUUUCAAUUGAAAUAUAUUUAAAAAGAGUUGUACGUGUAUGUAAUACAAAACAAUAACAAUUAAUAUUACGGUGUCGAUUAUGGACCAAAAUUCCAAAAUUUAAGAGAAUAAUAAUAACUAAAUUGUAGAGAACUUCCAAUUCUACAAUUGUCUCCAAUUAGCAUUGCAACAACUGGAUUUAGUUGUUAAUUAGGCACUGUAUAAUUCUUGCGCGUAAGUACCUUGAACCAAUAUUGUGGUCUGGUAAAUUGUAAUUUGCGUCCAGUUGCGGUUGCAAUUACAAAGAAUUACCCCGCAGGACGGGCAGUAGAGAUUUCGAAGUAUUUCUUUAAGAUUUCAAAAGAUAAAACUGUGUCAUAAAAAUAAAUUUAUAAGUGUUUGUAUGCAUCGUCAAUGUGUAGCAGUAAUAAUGCAAGGGUGUUCUAAGCAGAUUUAGUGAAACCACACGUACAGUUAAAUAUGUUUAUACAUUUAGAGGGUAUAAGCGAAUAUCAUCUGUAUAUAUAUUUCGGAGAAGCCACAAUUAUUAACACUAUCGUCAGAUAUCGUAGGGGCGAAUAGGGUGAUCGAGCCAAGAGAAAUAUUGAGUACACCAAUCACGUUUGUUGUCUUAGAACAAUUUAGAAAUCUUCUCUUGACGCUAGCAAACGAAAACGAAUGAGUUCUUAGGACGGAGGCGCCGCUCUUCAAGAACGCUGGUUGAUAAGUGUGAUGGCGUCUACGCGCCUCCAUUGGCUAGGCUCUGUCGUAGCACGAAGUUAGCCGAGUUCCAACGAUACCGCAAUCGUGCUGCCAUCUCUCGGGAAUCGUGCUGCGUUUCAUUUAGCUACCAAACUAAUGACCGUCUCCGACAUAUAGAUGAUAUAUAUUUAAACGUAUAUAAGUAUGUUUCUCAGUGGUUAUUACACAGAGAAUCCUAAUAGGGCCGGAUGACCGUGCGUGAUUUAUUUUAUUUAUUUAAUUUUCAUCGCAAUCUAGUUGAACCAACUUAUUGUUUACUGCACUGUGGUUUGUAACAUGUCAAACUGACAUUGACGGUGCGUCAAGCAAAGACUUCUUUUGCGUAAUGCCUUUUAAAAAAAUUUAUUAAAUUAACAACCUCAAACACAGCCCUACACCAGAUAGUUGACAGACAAUUACGUAGUGAUGUGAAAUAAUAUAGCUUGAGUCCGUAUCCUGACUCGGUUAUCCGGAAAAGGACUCCUAAAAAGUUUGUAAUUCAUUAUUGUUUGAUAAUUUUGACGGUAUGAAUGUUUUAAUCAUUUUUGUAACGAUUUCUUUUUAUAAUGUUAUAUAAUUUUAUUCAAUACAACUGAUCUUAUUGUUGGUCUUUCUAAGUUUUAUAUCGUCAAAGCUGUAUCAAAAUAUUUUACCUUUCUGAAUAGAUUCACUAAUUUAACGUGUCGCAAGAAAUAUUUAGUAUUUCUACUCAUUAAUUGAAGAUAAUCUAUUGAAUCUAUUCAGAAGUUUUUUCUUUCAAAACACACUUUCGGAAGAAGAACUCUUCGACAUAGAUUAUUUAUGUGUGUUUAAAAAAAAACCACAAUAUUUUGAGUUUCGUUAUUUCGGAGUCGGUCGACUUAUGUCCGGUCUAACGGUGCAAGACAAUUAAAUAGUUAAGUCUUUUUAAUAAGGUGUAACUUUAGUGGAGCCACAUUCUUAGCUUACGACGAGAUUAUUUCUCAAAGGUUUCUUUAAAAUUUUUUGUGAUUAUUUUCUAGUCAACGUUAACACGAGGGUCGGUGAACUCUUUAUAAUUCUGAUACUUUAUGUGUUCAACGAAACCGUUAUUGUAUAUCAUAAGGAUUUUAGGGCGAUUUUCCUUUGCAGCUGUUUUUAAUGGUGUCAAGUCUUAAGCAACGCGCGGAUAGGUACCAUUUCUGACGCAAAGCUAUCAUUCCGGUAUGUUGUAACAUCAAUGGGCAUCAGAGAGGCCAGCACCAUGCGUGCUGGCCGCUCUGAUGCUCUAUCGAAAACUUUUUUUUUUGUUUUUUUUUUCUACCUAAGCUGAUAGCCUUGAGAGGCUAUUUCAGCGGAACCUUAACUAGUAGGUGAGCUCACGGAGCUGACGACGUUGCUAACACGAACCCUAGCAAGAGCCGUGCUUCGCAGAAUCUACCACUGGAUCGGAAACGCGACCCACUGAGAAGAUCCGGCGAGAAACUCAGUGGGCUGUGUCUGUGGGUUAAUUUACUCGUCGAGCCCUUCGUCGCAAGCGACGGGUUCGAAGAGAACGGUAACCGGUGCUUGAGGUAACUAAAAGCACCGUUAGUGGAUCGGGAGGAUCCGAAAUGACGUGUUUGGGGCGACGUCGACUGCUUUCUAUUCUUUCCGCAGGGUCGGGAAUGUCGAAAACAUAUUCGUAUCGUUAUCUAGAAACAAAAUUGUAUAGGAUUUAAACAGCGCCCCCUACCGACCGUAAGUGGAAUUAAUUUCAGCAGCACGAAUGAACUUACUAUCGUUUCGCAAUCGAGUCGUCACGUUCUCGAAACUCGAAACUCAUAAUCGAGAGCACGAAAACUGUUUUGACAUACGGUAACGUAAAUCUCGAAGGCUGGCUGGCUAUCGAGUACUACCGUCUAAUGUAACGAUCCGUUUUCGUAUCGAAGACUCGAUACAUUUACAUUACGAAUUCGAUAGAUUUUCGUGCUUGAUGCUCAGGUACUUACUCGAUUUUUGAGACGUAUUUAUGUUACGCACUUGAACCGAUAUCUCUUGAUACUUGUACCACAGUCAUUCUUUUUCUCUAGAUUCUAUAACUCGAUCCCAACCCGCGCUGCCAGUUCAAGACUGAAGCUUUAAUAAGUUCAUAGUUCAACUUGAACCUGGGAUUAACCUGGGUUUUCAAUAGAUUUUCGUGCUUGACAUACAGAACCCCUUAACAUGACCGGCGUGAGAAGUUUGCUUUCGUUGUCACAAAUCGUAACAUCGUUCUCCUCGUAUCUGUCUUAAAUCAGAAGCUUAAAAUCUUCUUCGAGCUCUACAAGACCAAAGUUCUGCAGUACUUCGUCAAGAAGAAGAAGAAUUGCAGAAGUUUUUGAAGUGAAACUUCUUUGAGCGCGUUGAGAAUAAAAUUUAACUCGCGACAGAUUCGUUAUGGCUGGAAAGAAAAGAUACAAUUUUGGAUGAGUCAGAGUGUGAAAAUAGACUGAGCGUCUCGCGAACCUCUCGACCGUGGAUCGAGGGAAAAGAUAAAGCCAGCUAGGUCGUUUUUCUUAUAUACAGCAUUCCCUAUUACAAGAGAAAUUUGAUUUAGGAAUGAAAAAUGAAGAAAACCACAAUACUACACACCGCAAAAGAAGUUUCGCUUCUUACACGUGCACCAAGUUGCAUGCGCACCAUUUUUUUUCUUCACACAGAUCUCCUUCGAUGCUUUUAAAUCCAUAACGACUUUACCGCCAUCAAUAAUAAAAUUUGCAAAUCUGCUAGUAAUUUGUCGCGAAAUUGUGAAUCGAUUAAAAAAAUAAGUUGGAAUGCUCUGAGGAAUUAUUAGAGAUGAUCCCUUCAUCUCCUUUUUAUCAUCGCACCUUCCGCCAUCGGAGCAGAGUUCAUCCAUAUUAUAUUCAUGCAUAUUCCAUAUUAUAUUCAUCAUCCAUAUUCCAUAUUACCUGGAACCGCUGCGUUCAUCGACAGUGCGUUUCCAGAGGUCUUUUUUGCCAAGCACCAUCCGGCUAUGGAAUGAGCUCCCCUCCAGGGUGUUUUCCGAGCGCUAUGACAUGUCCUUCUUCAAAAGAGGCUUGUGGAGAGUAUUAAGCGGUAGGCAGCGGCUUGGCUCUACCCCUGGCAUUGCUGAAGUCCAUGGGCGACGGUAACCGCUCACCACCAGGUGGGCCGUAUGCUCGUCUGCCUACAAGGGCAAUAAAAAAAAUUUUUUUUUUUGAACACUUUUCAUAUUGAUUUAUUCAUAUUCGGGUCUCAAAAUUUUAUCUGUAUAUUGAAUGGAUAAAUUGCCUCAGAUUCCGUUACUUAUUUUAACUAUAAACUUGAAAAUAUGUAGCUUUCAACUGUAAAACGUUAUAACGUACAAAGAAUGGUGAGCGAAAAUAAACUGUUACGCAUAAGAAAUAAGAUUGAUAUACACGCGAGCAAGUUGAAUACAAAAAAAAAAAAGAAGUAUCGUUAUUAUAAAGGCACCGAACUGUUUGAUGCGGAAACUAGUUUUAAGGACGGGAAAAUUUAUAAAAUUUCUUUUGACAAAAAAAAAAAAAGUACUUACACACAGUGAGAGAAUUGUUUGUUGAUUAUAAUGAAAUUUUGCUAGUUUUUAGUAUCAUCGUUCGAUAAAAUGCGAACUAUAAGAAAAAAAAGGUUACUUAUUGAAAAAUGUUUGAUCUACAACUAUGUAUAAUAAAUAAAAAUUAAUAAUGUUUCUGUUCGAAAAUGUGUCGGAUUUUUGUGUAUUUUUCUUUUCACUGUCAGGUAAUGUGUUGUUUACCGAAUUGAACGUUUUGUUUAUUACACUCGGUGAUUCUCAACCACUGUUCCGCGGCACUUUUGUGUGACGCCAAAUUUCAAAAGUGUGCCGCCAAAUUUUGCGAAUAUAUAAUAACGUUAAUAUUAUUAAAUUAUAUCAUUUUAAAAGAAGUAUAUUUUAAACAUGAAUAUAUAUUUAAAUCCACAAAAAAAAAUUUAUAGUAUAUUUUAGUUUAUUUCGUAUAUUAAAACUUUUUUGAUAAACUAUUUAUGCAGUGUGUUGUAGUAAGUAAAUAAUUUUUAUCUUUUUUUUUUUGUGUGCCGCCAAAUUUUGAAAUCGUUAAAUAUGUGCCGCAACAAAAAAAGGUUGAGAAUCACUGCUAAUUAUUUAUAUUCUAAUUUUAUAAAAAAACUUCAGAGGUGUCAAGGGACACCCGGAUGGAACGAAGUUCCUUUCGAUUAAUUAGUGAAGGAAUUGAAAUUUUUUUUUAAGUUAUAAUAAUAAAUUACGGCAUUAUGAAGAAGAAAAAAACAAUACUAUGAACUAAAUUACUAUUGUUGAAACGCUAUCUCGAGAAACUGUACUCAUUACGCGGACCAAUCGGAUACGAGCAAUGUCACGCGAUAAGCGCCUACACGUUGAUUGGUCAGAAUGACGGAUCUAAAAAGUGUCGUGACAACUUUUCGUAAGAAUUUUUUCCGUCUAGCCCCCUUUCACAGCGCGCGAUAAGGAACUUCGUUCCAAAAACGAUAUCACAUUAGUUUUAUUUAUUUAUUUUGUUGUUUAUGUUACAUUUCAUUUUUCGAUAUGCGUAAACGAAAAAGAUUGGUCAUGUACUAAAUGCAGUCCUGAUUUUUUUUUAUGUCUGUAUCCGAAAUGCAUUUUUUUUUUAAAUUCUAUUCUAGAAACAGCAGUGUACGUCGAAGUCAUUGUACAAAAUAUCGUGUGUCCCUGUCUGGCGUGGAAUUAAAACGCGAAUGCCCUUGUUUUCGAAUGGAUUUUAAUUAUCGUUAAUUGCCUUUAUUUAUACACAUGCGUCUGUUCUGAAACAAUAAUCAAACGACCAGUGUAAGCGUUUGACGGUAGUUUUACAAUUUACCUAAUACCGCCCGGUAUACUUUUAAGUACAUUGCGUGUUGCUUUUUGCAGCGUAUUCAUUUCGUGUUUUUUUUUUUAUUGCUUUGUUGGGUGGACGAGCUCAGCCCACCUGGUGUUAAGUGGUUACUGGAACCCAUAGACAUUUAUGACGUAAAUGCGCCAUACACCUAGAGAUAUAAGUUCUAAGGUCUCAGUAUAGUAUAAACCGACCUCUUCCACUCUAGAAAUAGGACGUAUAGAUGUGUGAGUUUAUAUUUUGAAAAAAAGAUAUACACACGCACACACGAAAAAUGCGAUUCAUUACUGAACUAGAUAUGAGCACAGGUGCGAAAUUAAAAUAUAGGAUAUUUAAACAAUUCAAUGAACAUUUGUAAGUUUAAUCAAUAAAGUAUUGUGUAAUGUUGAGGUGAGCACGUUAUGUGCAAACACGUAACGACAAGAGUUAAACAUACAUUUCUCAAGGACACUAUGGUUAACUAGUUUGGUAUUUUUUUUAUUUUUUUAUUUCUUAGAUGUGUGGACGAGCUCACAGCCCACCUGAUGUUAAGUGGUUACUGGAGCCCAUAGACAUCUACAACGUAAAUGCGCCACACACCUUGAGAUAUAGUUCUAAGGUCUCAGUAUAGUCACAACGGCUGCCCCACCCUUCAAACCGAAACGCAUUACUGCUUCACGGCAGAAAUAGGCAGGGCGGUGGUACCCACCCGCGCGGACUCACAAGAGGUCCUACCACCAGUAAUUACGCAAAUUAUAAUUUUGCGGGUUUCAUUUUUAUUACACGAUGUUAUUCCUUCACCCUGGAAGUCAAUCGUGAACAUUUGUUGAGUACGUAUUUCAUUAGAAAAAAAUCCAGGGACUUUGGUAAUCUGUGGUAGUUAGUGUAAAAUAUUCCUUGGUGGUUUACAAACAGAAGGAUUUAACAGCGACUUGCCUAUGUCCUUUAAGAUAAAACUGUUUUCUCCCGUCCCCCAAAAGGAACGUUAAACUUAAUUGAAGUUCAAUUAAAAACAUCGAAACAUCGAACAUCUGUUUGUUGAUGUUAAUACCAAACAAAACGCACCUUUAAUUGCAAAGACAAAUGUCGGUUAAACAUUUGUCUUCAAUAUUAUCUCUCGAUAUUAUUCGAUUACAAAUUCUAAAUCUAAUUAAGAAUGGCAUCUAUAUAUUAAUACGUGAAGCAAAAACUUUGUAUCCCUUUUUACGAAAAUUGCGUAAACGGAGGAGUAUGAAAUUUUCCACGCUUAUAGCGAAUAUAGAGAAGAAGUGCACAAUGCUGAUAUGUUUUUAAAAUAAUGCAUAAAAGAUACAUUAAAUCAAUAAAGAAAACAUUACACACACUACAUACCAUGUAUUUGACGCACACACGCAUGCAUACAAUUUACUGUCAAACUUUUGUUCUUGACGUCUGUGGUCAAAUCGAGAAUAGAUUAAAUAUUGUUUGUCUUUAUUAAUAUUUUUUUAUAGUGUAGCCUUGGCGAAACUUGUGAUUAUAGAAGUAUAAAAUACAAACAAACUUACAAUUCCAAUUAAUUAUAGUCGAAUUUAGACUACUGCGGGACCUCUAGUUUCAUCAAUUAUAUAUCUACCUUAGCUCGAUUCCUUUAUGCCAAUAAACCUAUUAAUCCACAAAUAGAGUUUUAACAUAAAAGAUGUUUUAACGACAGCUUUGUUGACAUAACACCGACGGGUCUUAUAUAAUUUACAUGUAUGUACGUCUGUGAUAAUACGUCAGAACUACCUAUAUAUUGUAGUCACGGCGCGGUUUUUGUUUUACAACACAACGAUACGACUUACAACAAUUAAAUCGCAUUUCUAAUGUUCUGAAUUUUGCAAAUAUUUAGUCAAAGAGCAAGCACACUCGUAAGAAGAAAGCUAUAAUCUAUUAUGAUUCAUAAUAUAAAAUAAUUGCUGUUUUUUCCCUACCUAUCCCGAUAGCCUUGAGAGGCUAUUUCAGCUUCGCCUUGAUGUAUAGGUGGGCUCACGGGGCUCGAACCGCGAGCUAACACUGGCCCUAGGCCCUAGUGCUUCGUAGAAUCUACCACCGGAUCCCGCGCGACCCACUGAGAAGAUCCGGCGAGAAAAUCAGUGGGCUCUGUUAAGGGUUAAUUUACUCGCCGAGCCCUUCGUCGCAAGCGACGGGUUUGACGAGGACGGUGACCGGUGCUUAAGGUACCUAAAAGCAGCACCGUUAAUGGUUCGGGAGGAUCCGUAAUGACGUGUUUUGGGCGACGUCGACUGUUUACCAUUCGGUCUACAGGAUCGGGUAUGUAGUUUCCAGCGGCCACGACAAGAGGGUUCUCAUGUCGCGCCGCCUUCUCAAAAUGGCGCAAUGAUGCCGACUGUAGAUACUUACUGACUAAGUCAAGUUCCAGGUCAUCAUGGAAUGAAUCAUUGUGGACUGCGUUUAGUACAUAACAACUUUAAAAUUCAAAUGUACAUUUUGUGGUUGUUUUUUUUUUCCAGAUCAAAUUUCCGAAUCGUUUUUUUUUUGUUUUUUUUUUUGUUUUUGUGUGUAUCAUCAUGUUUUAGAUUUAAAUAAUUUCAAAAGGAAAGUUUUACGUCACGUUUGUAAUGUUAGUCGUAAUUUAUUUAUUAGUGAAUUGUAGUCAAUUAAUUUGUUGAACAGAAUAAAAGUGUCCGACGCGA